AGUGGUGGCAGUCUGUUGAGACAAAUACUAAAGGAUCAGCAGCAUUUUCCCGCCGUUUUGAGUCUUUAGCAACCAUUGAGAGCCUUUGUCCUGCUGAUUUUCAGCCACACACCUCAGGUGUGACUGGUAGGGGAACAUCUCCGCCUACUACGACCUCUGCUGUGAACACCAGUUCAUUAACAGCUAAAGAAAAGGCAAAAAAAACUAAGACUGCCUCAACUCAGAAUCAAAAGACCACCCAAGAGUUCGUGCAGUCACUUCAUAAGACUAUUCCAAAACCAAAGAAAAGUUUCGAGCCCAUGAAAAGUUCAUCAGAGAUUUCCAGCACAAGUGGCUGUUUGUCAGCAUCCUGGUCAGAAAGCACCAACGAUGUGGAGGAAACCAGCAGAGAUCCUGAUGAUAGUUGGGACGAUGACAACGAUCCGAACAGUGACGACUCUGAUCCUGAAAAACAGAGUCCACAAAGAAAAACCAGGCGGCUGACACACACUUCUGAGCGUAAAAAGAAGAGAUCUGCUGAUGGAAAUACUACUCAAGAGAGCCUUUGCUACAGUGUUCCUGUGAUUUCCUCCUUUCAGCCCCAGCCUUUGCCCCAUCAACCCACAGCACUGUGGUUCCAGAGAGCCAUGGCUGCACAGAAGGAAGGCCAGCAGCAUGUUAGCGUCAUACAGCCCACAGGACUGGUAACCAGCAGCAUUCCUUUAACGCAGUCCCAUGGGCAAGCUUGUACUUCACCCAACUCCUCAAAAAACAUGCCCACUUUAACUUCACAAAAACCUCUGACUUGUAUGUCCCUGCCAAACCAAAGUUCUUUCUAUUUGCAACCUGUAGCUUUCUGUUCCUUUAAGAACCCCUCCUCUCUGUGUUCACAAGUUAAACAACCACCUCAUGGCUCAUGCACACCUUUCUCCUGCUCCUCAACCUCUCAUGUGCAGUCACCCUCAAUAGAAUCCUCACAUGAACUCAAAUUUCCGAUGACCCCAAAAAGGCACACGCACCUUGUGAAGAACAUGGAGAGUUGUAGAAGCCUUCCACAUGACCACGUUUUACAGCCGAACAACUUUGUACUAAAGAGGGAUUCUGUGAAACCGCCUUCUCCUGUUCGACUAAAGAASCAAAGUGACACAGACCUGCUCCUGAAGUUCCGCCUGAACGAAGCGACCCACAGUGCAGUUCAAGAUGCACCGUUGGCUCUCGUCACUAAACGCCGCAGCCAGAGCUGCUUGCCAAACAGCAGGUCGCACUUUGCAUCUUCCAGAGCCUCGAGCCUCAUGCCCGUCAACUUGAGCACUGGGACCAAGAAGAUGUCAAACAGCUCCGCUUCAUCAGGACUCGCUCCUGGAUCAGGGAAGACCACCAUGGUUCUGCACAAACUGACCAGAAACAACGAGUCUGAGUGCUCCAGCAGCAAAGGCUCAGACGAGUCUUUUGAGGAUGAUGAAGAUGAAAGUGAAGAUGACGAUUCUGGCAGUAGCCUUUCAGACUCACAGAGCAGCCUUCAGAGUGACGACUCUGAGGAGCGCGUUGAGACAGAAGCAGCUUGUGGUGCAGAGAGGACUCUUCUGGAAUCACCUGAAGCGUCAGCGUCUACUUUCAAGGCUUGUCCCUGUUCUUCCAACUGUUCUCUUCUUAACCAGAAGAUUACUGAGCCUCUAGUUUUGUCUUGUGAAUGUUUAUUCAACCCAAUCAUCGACUCAGAGCCCCAGAACAAACCCGACACCCCGUCCUCAUCUGUCACGUUUAAAACACCAGGGAAAAGGACGUACGUCACUAAUGAGAAAGCUCUGCAGCUUCCUCUUACAUUUGGGUGGCAGAGAGAGACCUGGAUCAUGACUGUUGCAGGUCGACCCCAAGCUCAGGUGACUUACUUUGCGCCGUGUGGAAGGAAGUUUCGUCAGUUUCCUGAUAUAAUAAAGUACAUAGACAGAAAUGGAAUAACUGAAAUUUCACGGGAAAAUUUCAGCUUUAGCUCAAAAAUUAAAGUUGGUAACUUCUAUGAAGCCCGAGAAGGACCAGAGGGUUUACAGUGGGCCUUGCUGACCGAGGAUGAGAUUGCUUCAAGGAUCAUAACCACGGAUGGGAGACGAAGUCAAAGCAAACGGUCUGAGCACCAGUCAACUCCUAAAGGUCCUGCAGUCAGUUACCCUCAUCCCGUCGUGAAAGAUAACCUCCAAGGUGUUACCGAUGCAAAGUUGAUGCGUAAGCUGAAAGCUCAAGAAAUAGCUCYACAGGCGGCUCAGAUAAAGCUGACGAGAAAACAAGAAAAACAGGCCAUAGCGCAGGCAGCCAAAGAGGCGAAGAGGCAACAAGCUAUACUGGCGGCAGAGGAGAGGCGGGAAAAAAGGGAGGAGAUAAAGAUUUUUAAACAACAAGAAAGAAUAAAGAAAAAAGAAGCUGCUGCCAAAGCAAAAUUACUAGAAYCUGAGAAAAGAAACAAGGAGAAGGAAGUUCGUCGACUUCAAGCUGCCAUGCUGAAACAGGAGAAGGAGCGGCGCAGACAGCACAUGUUGCUCAUGAAAGCUGUGCAGGCCCAGAAAAAGGCAGAGGAGAAAGAGCGUCUGAAACAAGAAAGGAAGGAUAAGAUCCGGUUAAACAAAGAAAAGAAACUGGCGCUCAGACAAAUGGAACUGGAAAAGGCAAAGGAGCUAAGACAGCCUAAGGAAGACAUGUGUUUAACAGAUCACAAGCCCCUUCCAGAGUUGUCUUGUAUGCCUGGACUGAUCUUACCUGGAAAGACCAUUUCUGACUGCCUGAUGGUGCUYCAGUUCCUGCACAACUUUAGAAACAUUUUGAGAGUGGACAUAAAUUCAGACAUGCUCACCAUUAGCAACUUUCAAGAGGGCUUGCUUAACAUCGGGAACAGUAUGCACAUGGUGCAGGACAUGUUGGUGAGCUUGCUGUCUACAGCUGUGCAUUACCUUGGUUUACCUACAGGGGACAAGUGCAACACUGUCUUUGGAAAGUAUUGGAACAAUGUGAAGAUAAACCGGGACAACGUGUCUGAAAUUCUGCAGUUUUACAUGGAGAGCCACCCUGAGGAGACAGAGCUAGCGUCUCUGGCUGUUAGCCUCAAAACAAAAGAUUUUCAGGCUCAUAGUCCAACACUGAAGGCCGCUGUGCUGGCGUUCCUGGUAAACGAGCUCUGCUGCAGUAAAGCACUGAUCCGUGAGAUUGACUUACAAAUCGAAUAUAUGACCAACCUGAGGAAAAAUAAAUGGACUGUUGAGGGAAAGCUGCGCAAACUAAGAGAUGUCCAUGCCAGCACCACAGGAAAAAGAUACAGUCACGUGGGCAAUGAGAUCAACUCCAUGACAAGAAAUAAAUGCAACAGGAAAGAAGGGGAUAGCGAGGAGGAAGAGGAGUACGAGAAUGACAGCGAAGACCAGGGGCGUGAGAAUGACUAUGAUGAGGAGGAGGAAGAACCAGGGGGAAAGAAAAUGAAGAAAACUGCGCUCUGGGAUGAAGGUGUGACCUUCAACAGUGUGGAGGAACUGGAGAAGCAGAUCGAGGAAACCUAUCAGGUACUUAAUCGAAUCCGACAGGAUCUGUUUGAGUCGUCUCACUCGCUGCGCUCUACAGUAAUUGGAGAAGACAGAUACAAGAGGCGAUACUGGGUCCUUCCACAGUGUGGUGGCAUCUUUGUUGAAGGCCAUGACGGGGUUGAAAAGGAGGAGGAUAGGAAGAUGGCUCUACAGGGUAUCGGGGUUGAAGAGGAACAGCAGGAACAAGAGGAAAGGACGCCAGAGGUGUUCAUCCCGGAGCAGGAAUCAGACUGUGAUCAAGUCAAGCCACAGUGCCCACAAAACAAAGACAAUAUCUUCCCUCAGAAGCUUGACUCCUUAUCUAAGCUCAGUGAAAUGCUUGAAGUGUCCAAAAUGAUUCAGGAUUUGGACAUAAAUUCUCAGAACAUUCCUUCCAUUGAAGUUCCUACCUCAGAGACUUAUUCCUCUUAUCUUAUCUCACAAACGGAUAAAAUUAAUACUUUAAAAUCAUCUGAACUCGGGGCUACUCAGUUGAAAAACUGUAACGGGACCACCUACAACCCCCAGUCUAUCCAUCAUUAUAAUGGGCUGUCCAAAAUACUGACUGAAAAAUGCAGCGAGUGGUUUAGCCUCCUGCCCCGCUCUCCUUGUGACGAGUCCUCUGUGACCUUUAGCGUCACUUCUCCAGCUUCCUCCUCCAAACGCAUCUGGAUCAAACCCUCGUCAUUUGUUUUCCCUAGACCCCCAUCAUCAGCAAACCACAGCACCGCAGCUGGGGUCUUUGGUCGAUUGUCGCCUGUCCCUCAUCAAGUAAAGUCUGGCAUUCAUCAGAGCAGACAAACACCGCUCAGCUCAGCAACAAGUCCCAGCCUGCCCAUCUCUGACACUUCCCUGCCCUCGAUGCUGGAGGUGUCCCCACAGCAAGCAGAGGCUAACAACAAUACGUUAGCCGCAACGCAGGACUCCCCUCAGCCUAUCCCUGAAGAGAUGUUGCGCGGUUGGUGGAGAGUGUCAAGCAUGGAGAACCUGCAGAGUCUGCUCGAGAGCCUUCACUGUCGAGGCAUCAGAGAGCGAGUUCUGAAGAAACAGAUCCAGAAGCACAUGGAGCAUCUGAGACUCCUCUUUUCCAACAGCAAUGACGAACUUGAUGCGACAGAACCAGAACUGUGUGAGUUUAGGAGAGAGAGAAUGAAGAGCUGGUGUGUUGAACAGCAGGCCAUGAAGGUGGACGUUAAUGUGCUGCAGCAGGUUGAAAGGCUGGAGAAAAAGGUCAUCUCUGCCAACCUACAGGUCAAGGGUUGGAUGCCUCCUGAGCCCCAGUCCAACAGUGAGCAUCUAGUUUAUUAUGAGCACAAGCACAUUGCUGCUUCAGUUUUUCAAAAUAAGGGUCUAGGAGAAACCAUCCAGAGGAAGCCUUUUCUUUCUUUGACACGGCGUUCCAACAAUCCUCUUGAUAUAGCUGUCACCAGAUUUGCAGAGCUGGAGAGGAACAUCAAGCAAAGUCAUCAGGCGACUUAUGGGAUCGAACGUUUGCGUAUAUUCCUCAGUCAGGUCUGCAGCUCGGCUCAGCUGUGGCUCUGCAUUCAGUGGCUGCAGAGCACCAUCACUUGGAAACGAGCCACUUUGAAAAUGCACUGCCAGCUCUGCCAAAAGGGAGACAACACGGAGCUGCUUGUACUUUGUAGUGGCUGUGACAAAUUCUGCCACACUUACUGCCACAACCCCAAGCUCACCAAAGUACCUGACUUAGACUGGUUUUGCUCUUUUUGUGUAGCAAAGGAAGAUGCCCAGCUGUUUGGAGGGAAAAGAUGUGUGGAGGAAAAUCUAAACGGUAACCUGUCUGCGGUGGCGGGGCGCAUCAGUGAGGAGGCCGCCAGCAGCAACAAUGUGCCAAAAAGAAGUACCAAAGAGUUGAAAAAGAGGAAACCAGAUGUCGGCUCAGACACAAAGUGUGAAGGUUCUGUCUCCUGCCCUAAAAAAGCCAAAACAUCCAAGGGCAGCAGCAGUGAGCUGUCAGUGUGCCGAGCGCUGCUGGCUGAGCUGGAGGCCCAUCAAGACGCGUGGCCCUUCCUGACACCGGUCAACCACAAAGCUGUUCCCGGAUAUAAAAGAGUCGUCAAGAAGCCGAUGGACUUUUCCACCAUCAAGGAAAAGCUCAACAACAAAGUGUAUUCAAAUCAGGAGAGUUUCAUCAGUGAUGUGAACCUUGUGUUCGAGAACUGUGAAAAAUUUAACGAGGACAACUCUGAAAUCGGUCUCGCCGGCCACAGCAUGAGGGCAUUCUUUGACAAACGAUGGACGGAGCUUCAGAAAAAAUAGUGUGGACAAUGUACCUUAUAUGAACAAUUUUACAUAAGGCUGUGUUUUCACUUUUAAUAAAACUGAUGUGCAAAGUAACACAGCUCCAGGUUUAUCUGAGGCUAGAGAAGGAGGAACAUUAGCUUUUUGAAGCAGUGCUGUAGAAUCUGUUUUCUUACUUUAUAUCAUCUGUUCUGCAUCAUAGCUUUGUGUUUCUCAUGUGUUAUUGUCUUUUCUAAUAGAUUAUUCUUAGAAUUUUUUUGUUUAAAUAUUGUUAAAUGAAGUAAGAAGGUAAAUAAUUAUUUACUUGAGGGUUCUAGACUAAUAGUAAUCUGGAUUUUAUAAUGUAUAAAACUCAGCAGGUUCGCUGACAGGUGGAGGUAAUUUAUUUUUCUUAACGUCCAGUUAUUACAUGUUGAAUUUUUAUAAAGACAAAAAGAUUAAUGAUUGUAGCAUUUCAUGUUUGAACAUCUAUUUAAAACUUGACAAAUCUGUGCCUGACCCCUGGCUUCAAACAGUAUUUCUUUUUUAAUGCAGUGCGUUACAUUUUGUUCUACACAGAAAACAUUUACACAAA